UUGUGAUCAAAUAAAUAUUUAAAUUGGACUCGCAGAUAUUGUGCAACGCGCGACAUUAGUAAAUAAAAUAAAAAAUCACUGGUGCUUGCUGUGAAAAUGUUGUCUAAAUGUUUAACGGUUACCAAUAAACAAGUUUUCAGCGCGAAACUUGUACCGCUGCUAUCGUUUUCUACAAAGGUACCUCCUGACAAACCUAUAAGUCCGCGGAUGCAGGAAUUUCAGAAAAAGCUACGCGAGAAAACUCCAAUUGGAAAACUUGAUGAAAUUGUGGGCAAGCAUCCGAAUGAAGAAAAAGAACCAUUGGAAGCAUGGCCUAACAACACUAAUCCUAGCACAGGCGAAAUCGGUGGUCCUCGAGGACCAGAGCCAACCCGUUAUGGAGAUUGGGAACGAAAGGGUCGUGUGUCUGAUUUUUAAUGCAAAGUUUAUAAUGGCAUCAAUAUCACCAUAGGUCAUAUGUUUUUGGAUUUUUAUUACAUAAUUGCUUCUAGUAUUAGUCCUUUGAGAGAGGUCUCUCUGGUAAGUAGUGACAGUCAACUAACUCUUACUGUACUGAUAUUCGGUUCAGUUUCCGAUCAGAACAAAUAUUUUUGCAAUUAGCAGUGGGAUGCAGCGUUUACUGUUUACCCUUUACAUGCAAAACGUGCCAAUAAGCGAUAUAGAAAUUGUAUUACUAUGAUUGUUUGAUUGAGAUCGUAAGACCCAAGUCUAAAGUGUUGCAAUAUUGUAUGCAUUAGUUGUUUGAUUCGUUUAGGCUGACACAAGCAAUGUAAUCUCUCUAAGUCUAAAAAUAGAGAUUUAUGCAUAUAGUUCUGCUGCGUCGAAUAAAUAAGGAAUGAAUACAUGCAUAAUGCAUCAAAUUAUAUGAUAAAAUUGAAAGAAGCUUCGAAAUAAAGCGUAAGAAACAUUCAUUCAUAAGAUUAAAGAAAAAAUCGUCUCCAACAUUCUACUUCAAUCG